UUAUUUUUAAGUUGUUGUUUUGUUGCAUCUCUAGUUUAAUCGUUAAUUUGUUUUGAUACUAUUAUCUGAUAUUUAAAAAAAAUGGUGAAAUAUAGAGGUGGGAGAUCACAAAGAAUAAUGGAUGCAUGUCGUCGCCUAUCAUUUGAAUCUGGAACUCAUUCUGUUCAACACACAGUCGAUGAACAAACCCUUAAUUUGAUUUCUCUACCAGAACCUUGUUCAGUAGAGAUCCCAGCAAAAAGAACUGAUAUUAAUGCUGACGAAAUACCCGUCUCUAAGCCUGUAUCUAACGAAUACCAUACAUCCUACAACUCCUUAGAUAAUCCUGGUGAUGAUGGCUCUGUCCUUUUAUCUGUAGAAAUGGAUGAACAACUGGUAGAGGACAUAUACAUCCAAGAUGAUCAUCCAUCGGGCAGUUACAAGGAUGAAAUUGAUAUUGAAGUCCUAACAGUUAGUGGUGAAGGUGUCGAAAUUGCACAACACAAUGCUACAAUAAAAGAAAAUUAUAUUCAGUCAGAGCACUCAAUGAGUGAACAUGAUAAUAAACGAGAUGAUGAAACUAAAGAGACACUGUCAGAUGAAAAUAGAACACACACAUUCAAUCUUAAAAACCCGAAGAAACUCGAUAUAAAUAAAAACCUUGGCAACCUUGAAAAUUACGAUAAAGACGUAACUACACAUGAUGGAAGCAUUGGAAUAGAGAAUCCAGGCAUGGAAGUUGAAGUAAACAACCACAAACUUGAUGAUAAUGUAGAGCGAGAUCCAGAUUAUAUUGCUAGUGGUAACAGUGAUGAUAGUAUAAGGAGUAGUAAUAGUCAAUCUAAUAAUAUCAAACCAUAUGCUGUAAAAAAGGUUAGACAGCGAAAAUCAAACCGAAACUUAGGUAAAACGUAUUUAACGGCAAGGGGUAAAACCGUGCCUUCCAGGAUUCUAAAGCCAUUAAGAGAUAAUUGCAGGAAUAAAUGUAAAAAUGUUCUUAGUGAUAAAAUAAGAAAUACGAUUUUUGAAGAAUAUUGGUCGUUGGGCAGUCACGAUCGAAGGGUGGCUUUUAUAGCAGGGCUAGUAGGCAUUCAAGAAAAAAAUAUAACAAGGAAAAAAAUAGAAGGAAGACCCACUAAGAAUAGAAUAAACACAUAUAAAUAUAAAUUUAUUAUUCACGGUGAAGAAAUAAGUGUAUGCAAAACAUGUUUCUGUAAUACACUCGGUGAAACAGAAAAAUUUAUAACUUGUGCAAUGCAAAAUAAAUUAUCAUCCAUAAGCGGCAUUACACACGAAGAUCUGAGAGGCAAAGCAGCACCACCUCAUAAAACACCUCAAUAUAAAAUCGAUGAGGUAAUAAAACAUAUAAAUUCAUUUCCAGCUUAUAAGAGUCAUUACUCUAGACGACACAGUAAUAAAAAAUAUUUAUCGUCUGAGUUAAAUAUCAACAUAAUGUACAAAUUGUAUUGUGAGGAGUAUCGAGAAAAACCUGUUUCGUUAAACAUAUAUUCUCGACUAUUUCAUACUUUAGAUUUAAAGUUUAAAAAACCAAAAAACGAUACAUGUACAAAGUGUGAUACAUUUGCCGCACGAGAAAAAUAUGCAGAGCAUGAAAAUGAAAAAAUGCAAUAUCGUAGGGAGUUGGAAGAACACCAAAUUGCGGCGGACAAGGCAUAUAACUCUAAACAAAUAGAUAAACAAAAAGGCCUUCUAGAUAAUUCUUGCGUAACUUAUGCUUUUGACCUUCAGCAAGUUCUACCAACACCUUUUUUAACUACUAAUAAAAUGUUUUACUUAAGACAGCUUUCAACUUAUAAUUUAACUGUACAUAAUUGUAUUAAUGGCAAAUCUAGCCAUUUUAUGUGGCCUGAGUGUACUGGCAGCAGGGGUGCAAACGAAAUAGCCUCUUGCCUCUAUAGAUUCCUUAAAGAUAUACCUAAUGGAAUAGAACAUGCAAUUUUUUAUUCUGAUACAUGUGGGGGUCAGAACAAAAAUAUUAACGUAAUAUCCAUGUUUCAAUAUUCAAUUCACUUACAUCCUACUCUAAAAAUAAUAGACCAUAAAUUUCUUAUCCCUGGCCAUACUCACUUAGAAUGCGACGUCGAUCAUUCUGUAAUUGAAAGAGCAAAAAAGAAAACUGCUUUUGAAAUCCAUGUACCCAUAGAUUGGUACCAGUUAGUGAGAAAUGCCAGUAAAAAGAACUAUUUUUCUGUUUAUCCAAUGGAAAUUGAACAUUUUUAUGCAUUUUCUGAUAUAAAUACCAGGGGACCACUUCAAAAAAAGUUAAUUUUAAACUAAGGGAGGUAAGCUGGUUAAGAUACACGAAAACUAGUACAGUCGCUUACAAACACAGUUUGCUCGAUGAGGAACCGUUUAAAGAAAUUAGUUUUUUUAGAAAAAAUCAAAACAUUUCUCAUUUAGAAAAUUUUCAACUGACUAGAUUAUACGAUCGUCCACGACCAAUAAGUUCUUUGAAAAAAAAGAAUCUCUUAGAAAUUGUUGGUCUGUUAGAUAAGGAUGUGCAAUCGUUUUACAGAGAUUUGACUGUAGAUAAAAGACUCGAAAAGGAUACCGACCCGGAUGUGGAUAGGUAUAUUUCCGAUGACGAAUCUGAGUAAUACAUUAAAAAAAGAAUAUAGCUUUAUUUUCUUCUAACCGACUUUGUUAUACAUUGGGGUUUUUUUCUUAUUGUAUUAUUAUCUGUAAUAGAAUUUUAUUUAUUUUGUCAUUCUUUG